AUGCACAAGCGAGAGGCUAUCCAACUCGACAAAGAAGCGAAGACCACUGGUUCGCGCGCGACGAAGGGGAACCUCGGCUUGACUUACAGUCGGAAGGUACGCCGCGGUAGUAGCUCCUUCGCGUUGGAGUGUUUCCCGCAUUUUCCCCCUUUCCGGUCGACGCGUCGGUGGACAAAACUCGACUCUUUGUCUCGUGGCGUUGAAUUCCCGACUUCGAGUUUCACCGACAGCUUGAGAAAAUCCAAGCGUCGUACAGCCUGUCCCGCCUUGCCUUGCGGGGAGUUGUGGCAACGCUCUAGGCGAAAAGGCGUCCGCUGCUGUCCUGGCGAUCUCUGCGCAAAAAGAGUUUUCCUCUCGAUUCCGCCUGGCUUGUCAGCUGAAACGCGGUUCCCGGUGGCUCUCUGCAUGGCAUUCUUCUCCGGCUCUGGUCGCACUCCACGUCGAGAGUGGAGGAAGACGAACGUCCUCUCUUCUGCGGCAAUGUCUGAGUUUCGGGAGAGACCGACUGGCUCGAGUCUAAGGCAGACUUUAGACGUCUUCAAUCGCAGACUCGGCGGCGAGAGAAAACUUUUUCCCCGCGAAACACCGCUGUUGCCUCGAACGCACAACCCCUCCACGUUCUCCGUGUGUCCAGCUUUCCCUCUGGAGCUCCGGGACUCCUUACGCAUCUGCUAA